AUGUCGAACACACUUUUUCGUUCAGCUUCACCCAGUCCAGCAACCAAUAUGUUCUCCAAGGUCGCCCUCUUCAUCACCGCCGCCCUCGCCGCCUCGGCCUUCGCCACCGAUACUACCAGCGCCAUUCAGUGCUGCAAUGCGCUUGCUGCUCCCAAGUCUGCCACCGCCACGGGUAUCCUUGCCACCGCCGGCAUUGCCGUUCAAGACAUCACUGCUCUCGUCGGUGCUGAUUGCACUCCUAUCACCGUCAUUGGGGUUGGAAGUGGCGCUGCAUGUGCGACCCAGCCCGUCCAGUGCGAGAAGAUCUACUCACAUUCUCUCGUUGGAGUCAACUGCACUCCCGUUGGCGUCCAGCUCUAG